CAAAAAAGUGGAGUCCAAGCUGAAAGAAGAGACCGAGAAAAAGUUUGAGAAGAAUUCGUAUGGACUUCUCGCGUCUCUGUGUGGGAAUGUUGGCCCUGACGUUGUUCCAGACUGGGCUAUCACGACGUGGGAGGUGGAAGUCCAGGAUGAGAUUGCAAGAGGAGGGUUUGGGAGGGUUUCUCGGGGAGUCUGGCUUGGCCGUGGUCGUGAAGCAGCUUCUGGCCAACUGUGUUACAGAGAGGCAUCGGAAAGACUUUGCGAGGGAAGUGGGUAUAUGGUACACCCUUUGUCACGCACAUGUCCUCGAGCUCUAUGGAGCGUCGGUAUCAGCACAUCCGCCAUUCAUGGUGUGCCCAUUGAUGUCUGGGACUCUUUUGCAGCAUAUUGAGAAGCACCCUGAGCAAGGUUUGCAACUGCUCUACGAUGGCUAUGCAAUACCUUCACAGCCGUGAGGUUGUGCACGGUGAUUUGAAAGCCACGAACGUGCUUGUUGACGAAAAGGGGACACCGAAAGUCAGCGACUUUGGAUUUAGUAGAAGCAAAACGAUGGUGGCCUCAAUGAAUGCGGUACAGAACACGAACAUCGCCACUCUUCGCUGGGCAGCUCCAGAACGACUCAAUGGGAAGCCAAUCAGCAACAAAACGGACGUCUACGCAUUCGGGAUGCUCUGCUAUGAAAUCGCAUCAGAGGAUGUGCCAUUCGCCGAGGUGGUUCACGACAGCGUCCUGAUUGAUCUGAUCCGACGUGGCGUACGUCCCGAAAGGCCCGAACGGCCUCACUGUUCGGACAUUUUGUGGGCUUUGAGAGAAUCAUGUUGGCAUCAGGAGCCUGAGCGCAGACCAGAGUUCUCGUCAGUCGUGAGGGCUCCGAAACCUCUGAUUGGAACCAACUUAUCGGAGGCGCACAAUAGCGGAUCUGGACCUUCGGAAUUGGCUGCGCAUCGUUCUGAUAGUGACACAUCGUUACCCUCAUACUCCUUCAUCGAAUUCGCCGAAUUGGCUCCAAGGCCGCCGCCCAUAACAGCGGAAGCAAGUCCACACGGAAUUCGACGUUCGCCGGAGGCGGUUGUGCGUGGAACCACCCAGAACAAUAAUGCGCAAACGGCACUCCCAUCAAAUGGGACAUCACAUCAACCGACCCCUACGCGGCAGCCGUCUACACCGGAGGUGGAAACAAUCGGAAAACCUCACCGGCUGAAGCCCGCUCUUGAUUUAACCGCUCUUUUGCACGCGGCUGCCAGAGAAGGACAAGCCACCCUGUGCCUCGAUCUCAUAGUACGGCUGGCAGCUGAUGUGAACGCCCCCAGCAAACACGGUGCCACGCCUCUUCAUAUUGCAGCCUCAAGGGGACACGUUGAAACGUCCCGCGCUCUCCUUUCAUUGGGAGCGAACAUUGAGGCUACCAUGGAAUUUGGCCGCACUCCUCUUCAUCUCGCUGCUAAUCAUGGACACACCGAAAUUUGCCAUGCUUUGAUCGCCAAAGGGGCGCGGAUCGAGGCACUGACAGAGGAUAAGUUAUCGCCGCUCCAUUUUGCCGUAAUCGGCGGACGCCAAAACACCGCCGGCGCAUUGCUCAAAUUAGGCGCAAACCACAAGGCUGAGUGCUUAGACGUGCCAGAAGCGAGCUUGACUGACGGAACGCCGUUUGUUGGCUGGCGGCAGAUCUUGCUUUCCUGCUUCGAAGACGCUUCAUCCUCAGCAUUGGAGGGGAUCACACACGCCUUGAGAAAGGGGACAGCAUUGCACUUAAGUGCUCUCUUUGAUCAAAUUGAAACCUGUAAAACCCUUCUGGAUUACGGAGCCAAGGUCGACCCGGAAGAUGCUUUGUUGCUGGAUCCAUCGAUGACCGGAGUGGUCUCUACCAGCAAUUCGAUCAUAUUGCGAUCAUCGGGCGGAUCCAGCAAUGGUAGCAGAGCAUCAGUGGAAACAGCAGUGCUGGCGACCACAGCUGAAGGCUUCCCUCCUCAGAUAUGAACAUGGGUAUAUCGAAUGAGUUGAUGGAUACAUAAGAAAUGGAGGCGUGGGCCACAGGGUAUCGGCCGGAAUCCGGUUUGAUAUUUCUUGAUUGAUGUCAGGAUCACACGUCCGGAAAGGUAAUCGAUGCAAACGAAACAAGAGUUUAUCCUGUCUACGGUGAAAAUAUCGAAUCCAACCGUGUGCCAUCUUUGCAGAAGUAGAGGAAGAGGUCGAAGAAAUCUGUAUCGACAAUGGCCAGGUUUGAAUUG